AUGGCAGAAAAUUUAGAUACCCCAACUGUGCUAUUAGGAAUAAGACGUAAUAGGUCAGAUACAGGAAUAGGGACGAUGACAUCCACCCCUCAUGAGAUCCAGCGUAUAGAAAGAGAAUGUGCAGCGCUUGAUCGAGAAAUACGCAAUACUACAGCGGCACUCAGAAACAAUAGUUACAAUGAUAAUCAUCAAAGUAACAGGGAUUUCAUGAAACCUUUAGUACGUCCAUCUGCAUAUGAUGGGUCUGAGCCGUGGGGUGAUUAUAAAGUCCAGUUUGAACUCGUGGCGGAGAUGAAUGGAUGGGACGACAUAAGGAAGCCCAUGUUCUUAGCGUCCUCGUUAAGGGGUGCUGCACAAGGAGUGUUAGCUGAUCUGGAGCCAGGAAAACGACGUUCCUAUGUUGAAUUGUCAACUGCACUAAGUCGCCGUUUUGGAUCCGAGAACAGAACUGAACUGUUCCGAGUUCAGCUAAAAAACCUUGUCCGGAAAAGAGACCGAUCACUUCCGGAGUUAGCUCAAUAUAUAAAACGAUUGAGCAGAAAAGCUUACCCUAAUGCUCCGCGAGAUCUACUGGAAACAUUGUGUCUGGGUCAUUUCAUAGACGCCCUUACUGACUCCGACAUGAGACUGAGGAUUCAGCAAGCGCAUCCAAAAACCAUUGAUGAUGCUAAAAAACUGUCCGUGGAACUGGAUGCAUUUAAUAUGGCUGAAAAACAGCCAGCAAAACGAGCUACUACAACGGUGCGGAAUGUAACUGUCAGUGACUAUGCAAAUGAAAAAUCAUUCAGUGCUGAUGACAUUAAAGCAUGCAUGGGAGCAAUUUCAAAGGAACUCGUUGAAAUGCGCAAGGAAAUAGCAACAAUGAAAAAAUCGAAAGAUACAUGUGCUGCUAAUUCAAAACCAUCAACAAAAGAAAUCCGUUGUUGGAACUGUGGUGGGAAUCAUUUUAGAAGGAACUGCCCGAAAGCCAAAAAACUUAUCAAGUUCUGGGUUGUUCUGGAAGAUACCAGUGUUGUUCCAACUGGAAGUGAGAUGUUGCUUCAAGGAAAAGUUUUGGAUACCGAUUUAGUACCUAAGACCGGCCUUGUUAUUCCUACGGAGAAAUUCACUGAAAAGUAUAAACUGAUUGUAGGGAAAGCUGUAGUAAAUUUGUCGAAGGAAAAAGUUCCUAUACGUGUGCUCAAUGUGUCGGGCAAAUCAAUCAAACUUUAUCCGAGAACAGUAGUUGGUCACUGCGAAGCUGUAACAAUAGACCGAAGUGAGGAAACUUGUUCUUAUCCAGAUGGCAAAAUUCCGGAUUACCUUUCGACUUUACUAUCUGAAUCAUGUGUCAAUUUGGAUGGAAAACAAUCGGAAAUCCUAAAACAGUUUUUGAUCAACAACAAAGAUGUGUUUGCACCCGACAAACUAGCACUUGGUCGCACAGGAGUAAUCAAACACAAGAUUGACACUCAGGGCGCUACACCCAUCAAACAACAACCCCGUCGAAUGCCAUUUGCUAAGAGAUCUGAGGUGUCAUCACAGAUCGAAAUGAUGUUAUCUCGGGACGUGAUUGAAAAAUCAAACAGUCCUUGGGCUUCACCAAUUGUAUUGGUGAGGAAGAAGGAUGGUUCCCUUCGGUUUUGUGGAAGAUGA